AUGCUGACAGUAUGGCUGGUCGCGGCAUGGAUCCUCUUGAUCCUGCUGUGGCCUUUUAUCCGCUAUUUGCAAGAUCCCAAAGGAUUACGCAAGUAUCCUAGCCAAAACAUCUUCUCGGGCCUAACGGGUUUGGCGUAUGGCUGGGAGGUGGGACGCCGUCAUCGCGUGUUCCAUACUCGCCGGCUGCACGAGCAGCUCGUCAGAGAUCCCGUGGUCCGCAUUGGGCCCAACUGGCUCUCUUUUGGGCGGGGACAAGCUGUCCGCGACAUUUACGGCUUCAACUCCCCUUGUUUGAAGGGCACCAUUUACGACUCGUUGCAGGGUGGCGGCGAGAGCCUCAUCUUGACCACCAGUCGCGAGGUCCACUCUCAGCGCCGUAGGAUGGUGGCCGCCUCCUACGCGCCCAGUAACGUUGAGCUCUGGGAGCCGCGGGUCGCCGAGAGCACCGCCAUCCUCGUCUCCAAGCUUGACAGCAUGUGCACGGCAGCACCCCUCAGGCCCGGUGCCAUCGUUCCCCAAGAGCAGCUCGCUUUUGACGCCAACCACUGGUUCAUGCUAUACGGCUUCGAGUGUGCCAUCAAGAUCGGGCUAAGCAAAGACCCGGGCUGGUUGAUGCAGGGGACUGACCUAACUCUGGUCACGCGUCCGGAUGGCCUCAAGGAGUAUGCCAACAUCAUCGAUUGCAUGCACAGCAGUUCACGCGCCAACGCUACCCUCGUGUGGGACGCGGCCAGCUUUCCUAUGAUGAAGAAAUUGACCAACCUCCUGUCUCCGUGGUAUGCGAGCCAGUGGCACAACGCCUCCAACUGGGGCGCCUACAUUGAUCAGAUCACAGCGGAACGUGUAGAACGCGGGGAGAAGGGCGAGGACUUUCACGAUCUCUGUCAGCUCAUGAUCAGGGAUAGAAAGGGUGACCCCGCCAAGAUCAGCGCCAUUGAUCGUAUAACUGAAGUCCACCAAGUCGCUCUUUUGGUGCCGAGGAUUACGCCACUAACUACGAUUCGUGCAACAGUCAAUGGGGGCGGAGAUGGCCCAGCUAUCUCUCUCACCAACACCCUAUACUACCUUCUAAAGAAUCCCGAGUCCAUGAGAAAGCUUCGCGAGGAGCUCGACGAAGCACUGGGAACCGACGAAGUCAUCGCGCCCUGGUCCAAGAUGAAGAGAUUGCCAUAUCUGAGGGCCUGUAUCGACGAGUCUAUGCGCCUUUCUCCCCCCGUAGCAACCGAUCUCAUCCGCAAGACACCACCGGAUCGCUCCUACAUGGUCGCCGGCGAGUUGAUCCCUCCAGAUACGAGCGUGAGCAUCUCAGCAUACACGGCUCAUCGGGACCCAGAAUACUUCCCGGAUCCUGAGGCCUGGAAGCCCGAGCGGUGGCUAAUGAAGGGUGAUGGGAAACUCAGAGAUAUGCUUGCCAUCUACAACCCGUUCAGUGCCGGCGGCCGCGCCUGCAUUGGUCGAAAUACGGCAAUCCUGGUGCAGGUGGUGUGCCUUGGCACGCUCAUUCAUCGGUACGACUUUGCCUUGCCCGACCCAGACUUUGAGAUGGAGUGGAUCGACUACUUCAACCUAUGGCCUGUUGAACUCCGUCUUAAGGUCUGGAGGCGCCAACCUGACACAGCAGCUCUGGCUUCUGUCGGCGAUGUGCCGACUGAGAAGAAGCCUUGGAGUGAGGAUUCUCGAAGCGAGAAAUCUGAAAAGACCGAGGUAGUGUAA